GAGAGGAGACAGAAGUGAGGAAGAAUUGCACAAUGUAAUGGUGUUGAAAGAAAUACAAGGAGAAAGUAAAGAACUGAUUUAAGAUUUACUAAAUAAUUACUCUGUUGUUAAAAUGGCAUUACAUUUGGUGUAGUUUAGGACUUGGGAUUUGACUUGGAACUUGAGUGUGAAGACUUGAGACUUACUUGAGACUUGCCAAAAAAUGACUUGGUCCCACCAUUGCUUUAUAGCAUAGCCUCAUUGCUCCAAUCAAUGCUGUUGCAGCUGCAGCACACAGCAGUUUUCAGCAAAUGAAUGAUGUAACUGGUGAACACGAGCAUUUAGCUGCUAAAGAGCCAUAUACAAGUAUACAGUAUACAGUCUUUCAGAAGUUGGUGGAGACCAAACCAAAGCUAAAAUGAGAGUGAAUAAUGGACUUACACUUACAUCAGGUGACAUAACUCAUAAUUAAUGCUGAUGUUGCUCCAUGUCUGGUGGAUGUGUAAAUAGGCGACUGUUUGCUAACAUGUUAGCCACAAGGCCAUAAUACGUCAAACAUGUCUGUGAUGUUCAGCUUUUUGUGGAUUUCUUUGCCCAUGUGGCCAAGAAACUGAUAUUGCUUUCAGACCUAACUGCUGAAACUGUUAUCACAAGAUUUUAAAAUAUUAUCAGGAUGUAAUGGAAAUGUUAGAUGCAAACAGAAAGAGAAAAAAAGAGCAGGUACCAAGACAAGAUGGGAAAAAAAGUAUGAUGAAUAGAUUGAGGGAGGAGGGCCAUCAGGCUCCAUGUAAGAGAAAACAUGAGCUAUAGUUAGGGGGAGGCAAAGGGAGGAGAGUGAUAAAAGAGCUGUGUGAUAGAGAGCUUCCGCCAAUAAGCUGCAAGGGCUCUGGAGCUUCUCCUCAAUGAUGAUGGAGACCCUGGAGGGAGCUGGACUCUGCUUUCCACACCUGAACUCUUCCUGCAAGAAACCCACACAUCCUCACACUGAGGCCAUGCUGAUAUAUGUUCUGCUGUCCUCCAUUUCUCUGGUCACUGUUGCUCUUAACCUGCUGGUCAUCUUCUCCAUCUCCCACUUCAGGCAGCUCCACACCCCCACCAACCUCCUCCUCCUCUCUCUGGCUGUCUCAGAUCUCCUUGUGGGUCUCCUGCUGAUGCCUGUUGAAAUCAUCUACAUAGAAGCCUGCUGGUUUCUUGGUGAUAUUGUGUGCACUCUGUAUUAUGUUGUAGACUACAUCAUUACCUCUACCUCGGUAGCCAAUAUGGUGCUCUUGUCAUUUGACCGUUACAUAGCCAUUUGUGACCCUCUGCAUUACCCCACCAAAGUCACUAAGAGAAGAGCAGAAAUCUGUGUGUGUUUGUGUUGGAUUUGUUCUGUCUUCUAUCGGAUUCUCCUUUUAAAUGAUCACCUGGAACAACCAGGAAGGUCCAAUUCCUGCUUGGGAGAGUGUGUGGUUGUCAUCAACUACAUUGCAGGAGUUGUUGACCUUGCUUUCACCUUUAUUAUUCCCAUUACUGUCAUCAUAAUUCUGUAUACCAGAGUAUUUGUGGUGGCUGUGUCUCAGGCUCGUGCCAUUCGGUCUCACAUUGCAGCUGUUUCAGCUCAGUGCUCAGGGGCUGUAACUGUGAGGACAACUGUGAUGAAGGCAGCCAGGACUCUUGGUAUUGUUGUAGUUGUGUUUCUGAUUUGUUUCUGCCCGUACUACUACUCAGCUCUGGCAGGUGAAGACACUACAGUCAGUGCUUCAUAUGCAGCUUUUGAUAUCUGGCUGGCACAUUUCAACUCCUGUCUGAACCCUGUGAUCUAUACCUUUUUCUACCCUUGGUUCAGAAAAUCUAUUAAACUCAUUUUUACGCUUCAGAUACUGAAGACUGGCUCCCGUGAUGCUAAAAUAUUGUAA